AGAAAACUAUGUAGUUUAAUAGAGAAAUUGAUACCUCAAAAAAUGGGAAAGGUUGGAAAUGGAAUUUAAAGAGAGUAUACAUUGGUUCUAGACUUGGAUGAAACUUUGGUGCAUUAUUAAGAAGUAAUUUAAUUAUAGAAUAAUUAGUUUCCGAAAGGAGGUGGAUAAUUUUUAGUUAGACCUUUUGCUGAAGAAUUCUUAGAAGCUUUAUCAAAACAUUAUGAGAUCGUGAUUUUCACAGCAGCUUUGCCAGAUUAUGCAAAUUUUAUAAUUGACAUAAUAGACAAAAAUGAAGUAGUUUAAUAAAGGCUGUAUAGAGAUUAAACAGUGUUUAAAGAUGAAGUUUACAUCAAAGUAAUGAAUUAGAUUUACAUAAUUAAGGAUCUUUCAAUUUUAAAUAAAAAUUUAUCGAAAGUUAUCAUUGUUGACAAUAUGCCUGAAAACUUUCAAUUGCAACCAGAGAAUGGAAUUUACAUUUAAAGUUGGUUUGGAGAUGUUAAAGAUAGAGCAUUAAAAGAUCUUCAGCCGCUUCUUGAAUGUAUACUAAAUAUAUUAUGAUUAAUAGAAAUUGCUAUAAAAAAGUGCAAAGAUGUAAGAGUAGCUUUGAAUUAAUUUAGAGAACAGAUGAUAGAAAAAGUUUAAUAAGGAAUUAAAAAUCCAUAUUAAUGUCUUUAAUUGAAUUGA